UUUUAUUUUCCUCUGGUGGUACCCAAGGUUUUUUUAGGAUCUUUCUCUCUUUUUAUUUGGAUUUUAUAUUUCACAUGGACCCUUAUCUGGGCAUCUUCUUCCUCACUCCCUUCUUCCAAUCCUGCUGUGCCUGGUCAGUGAAUAAUUUCCUGAUGACGGGCCCCAAGGCCUACCUCAUCUACUCCAGCAGCGUGGCGGCCGGGGCGCAGAGCGGCAUCGAGGAGUGCAAGUUCCAGUUCGCCUGGGACCGCUGGAACUGCCCCGAGAGGGCACUGCAGCUCUCCAGCCACGGCGGGCUGCGCAGCGCAAACCGGGAGACCGCUUUUGUGCAUGCCAUCAGCUCCGCAGGCGUCAUGUACACGCUGACCCGGAACUGCAGCCUGGGGGACUUUGACAACUGUGGCUGUGACGACUCCCGCAAUGGACAGCUGGGGGGCCAAGGCUGGCUGUGGGGUGGCUGCAGCGAUAACGUGGGCUUUGGGGAAGCCAUUUCCAAGCAGUUUGUGGAUGCCCUGGAGACUGGACAAGAUGCUAGAGCUGCUAUGAACCUGCAUAACAAUGAGGCGGGUAGAAAGGCUGUGAAAGGGACCAUGAAGCGGACUUGCAAGUGCCAUGGAGUGUCGGGGAGCUGCACCACCCAGACCUGCUGGCUGCAGCUGCCUGAGUUUCGGGAGGUGGGCACUUACCUCAAGGAGAGGUACCACAAAGCCCUGAAGGUGGACUUGUUGCAGGGCGCAGGGAACAGCGCUGCCAGCCGGGGUGCCAUCGCCGAGACCUUCAGCUCCAUCUCCAAGAAGGAGCUGGUCCAUUUGGAAGACUCUCCUGACUACUGCCUGGAGAACAAGACGCUGGGGCUACUGGGCACGGAGGGCAGGGAGUGCCUGAAGCGGGGCAAGGCGCUCAGCAAGUGGGAGAAGCGGAGCUGCCGGCGGCUGUGUGGGGACUGCGGGCUGGCGGUGGAGGAGAGGCGAGCUGAGAUGGUGUCGAGCUGCAACUGCAAGUUCCACUGGUGCUGCGCUGUGCGGUGCGAGCAGUGCCGCAAGCGCGUCACCAAGUACUUCUGUGUCCGCAAGGAGAAGCGGGAGCGCAGCGGCGGUGGUGGGGCCGGGCGUAAGCUCAAGAGAAAGCUCUAACUUGUUUCUGCUUCUCCAUGGUCCCGUCUGCCCCUCUCCUCUCCUGCCCUCCCCAUCAGCCCCCAGCACCAUUUCCUUCAGCUUACUUCUAUUUCAUCCCCAAUGCUGCCACACAAGGGGCUGGGUAAAGAGCUUAUAUGAGACUCCAGGCCUUAGCCAUACAUGGCGUUUCCCAUUAGUGUAGUGGGUGGAUGACUUCUGGGAAGACCCUUAAGUGUUGGCAAAGCAAGGUGAGAUUUGGUCCGUUCAACUCAGAGUCACUCUAUCCAGUGACUAUGGUUUUCUUGUUGGAAACACAGGCAGUCUCAAUGGCUCCUGCUUGUUUGAGCUUGUCUGUUCCCCAGCAACCAACUGCUCUGGGCUUUUAAGUGAGGUCAACACUUAGGAAAGCACAAGGAAGCAAGAUGGCACCACCAGAGUUGGGAAACCCAGAGUGGUAAUCUCUACACCAGAAGAUAUUUCUAGUACCCUAAAAAAAUAGAGGAAUUAAAAAAGUUGUUACUGCCUUUUAUUACAUACUACACUAUGAGGGAAUAGAAAAGGUGUGCAACUCCUUCCUGCAGUAAGCCAGCCUUCACGAGUCCCAUAGCGUCACUUCCCAUCCUUUGACAGCUUUGCUAAGCUCUCCAGUGCUUUACUUUGAAUUUGAGA